UUUCGAUGGCCUCUCAAUCUUUUAUAUCUCUUGUUUCAGGAAGUUAAGAAGGAUGUAGAGCCCAAGGAUGAUGCCCUGCCACCCAGAAGGGAGAAAUCUGGCAAUGUAGCAAGCCUUGUGCAGCGUAUUUGCACCUAUGGGCUUCCAGCAGGAGGAAUUCAGCCUCAUCCGCCGUCCAAGAGCUUCAAGAAGAAGCCCAAGAAGCGGCAGUGCAAAGUGCUCUUCGAGUACCUCCCGCAGAACGAAGAUGAGCUGGAGCUCAAGGUGGGGGAUGUGAUUGACAUCAGUGAGGAGAUAGAGGAAGGCUGGUGGAGUGGAACGCUGAACGGCAAGUUGGGGUUGUUUCCUUCUAACUUUGUGAAAGAGUUGGAAUUGGCGGAUGAUGGAGAAACACAGGAUGCUCUGGAUGAUGCAGAGCCCGUUUUCAGUGGUCCUGCCUCACCUGUGCCCUCUCCUGGGAAUGAAAGUGAACCUGGAUCUGGACCAGCACAGCCAAAGAAAAUUCGAGGCGUUGGGUUUGGAGAUAUCUUUAAAGAAGGCUCAGUUAAGCUUAAGACAAGAUUAUCCAGUAAUGAAUCAGAGGAUAAAAAGCAAGAUAAGGUUUGUAGUGCUUCAUAGUCUUUUUUGGGUUUC